GUUUGUUCAUUCACUUUCUCUCACAGUUUACGUCUCUCUAUCUGUCCAUUAAUGGCGAGGACGGCGCUCUCCAACUCCACAAUUCACGACGUUCUCUCCUUAUAACCACCGCGAUUUCCCAGGCCCAUUCUCUCCUCCUUUCUCCAUCUUAUUCGUCUCUGAAGACUGGGCGGUGAGGAAUUCUAUCCUUCUAGGGAUCAGUUGGGUGAUAUUCGUUGAAGAUGAGUGCCGGCAAAGGUGAUCGGAAGGCGACUCUUGACGCAGCAUCAUGGUUGUUCAAUGUGGUCACAUCUGUUGGAAUCAUUAUUGUCAAUAAAUCGUUGAUGGCCAGGCAUGGUUUCAGUUUCGCCACGACAUUAACGGGUCUGCAUUUUGCCACAACAACCUUAUUGACACUUGUACUUAAGUGGCUGGGGUACAUCCAGCCUUCCCAGUUACCACUGCCAGAGCUUUUGAAGUUUGUUUUAUUUGCUAAUUUCUCCAUAGUUGGGAUGAAUGUGAGCUUAAUGUGGAACUCUGUUGGAUUCUAUCAGAUCGCGAAAUUGACUAUGAUCCCAGUAUCAUGUUUUCUAGAGGUUGUAUUGGACAAGGUGCGAUACUCAAGGGAUACGAAGCUUAGCAUAACAUUGGUUCUCCUUGGGGUUGCAGUUUGUACUGUUACUGAUGUGAGUGUUAAUGCCAAGGGUUUUAUAGCUGCUUCAGUGGCAGUUUGGAGCACUGCCCUACAACAGUAUUAUGUGCACCAUCUUCAACGGAAGUACUCUCUUAGUUCUUUCAAUCUGUUGGGACAUACUGCCCCAGUACAGGCUGCAUCUUUGCUGAUAUUAGGCCCCUUCGUGGACUACUGGUUGACAGGAAAAACAGUUUAUGCUUAUGACUAUCAUUUUGUAUCAGUGUCAUUGAUUCUCCUAUCUUGCACCAUUGCGGUAGGAACCAACCUCAGCCAGUUCAUAUGCAUCGGCCGAUUUACUGCUGUGUCAUUCCAAGUCCUGGGUCAUAUGAAGACGAUUCUAGUCUUGAUCUUAGGAUUCAUAUUCUUUGGGAAAGAGGGUCUCAAUCACCAAGUAGUGUUAGGUAUGUUCAUUGCAAUCAUGGGAAUGAUAUGGUAUGGCAAUGCCUCAUCCAAACCAGGAGGCAAAGAGCGUCGUUCCGCUCCAAGCAAAUCCCAGAAGAAAGGCGCUGUAUCAGAGUCCUCUGAAGUGGAUGACAAGGUAUAGAAUUUCAGUAAAAGGCUGUGCCAAUAGUGGGAGAAUAUUGAAUGGAAUAGAGCAUAUUAGGUCAGCUGAUUUAAGGAGCUUGUUCACAUCUACAAGGCAAAUCCCUCAAUUUUUAUACUCUUCCUUUUUCUUUUUUUUUUCACCAUAUUUGAUAUUUGUAUUCUUGAGUUUACCAAAGUGAAAGAUAAGUUGCGUGGGUGUAAAAGUUACCUUGUACCACUAUAAUUUUUUACAUUAACUUAUUAUAAAAUUAAUUUCAGAGA